AUGUUGCUGUACUUGGAGAACGGCAUUGACGUUCUAGAAGGGAAUGAGAGAAGGGAUAGAUACGUGAUGGUUUUUGGAAAGUGGAUUUGCCAUUGGCUGGUACAGUUGGAUUUUAGUAAAAGAAUUGUCAUUGGUGGGACUUCUCUGCAAACAUCCUUAGCGACACGUUUUGCCCAAGAAACAUUUGGAAAACAGUACAAACAAACCAUAGGACUGGACUUCUUCUUGAAAAGGAUAAUCUUGCCAGGAAAUCUGAACGUUACUCUUCAAGUGUGGGAUGUAGGGGGACAAACGAUAGGAGGCAAAAUGCUGGAUAAAUAUAUAUAUGGAGCCCAGGGUAUUCUCUUGGUUUAUGAUAUUACCAACAGCCAGAGCUUUGAAAAUUUAGAAGAUUGGUAUAAUGUGGUAAAAAAAAUGAACGAAGAAUCAGAAACACCGCCACUUGUGGCCUUGGUUGGAAAUAAAAUUGACUUGGAGCAUACGCGCACAGUGAAAGCUGACAAACACCAACGAUUUUGUCAGGAAAACAAUUUCAGUAGCCAUUUUGUGUCGGCCAAGACAGGAGAUUCUGUCUUCCUGUGUUUUCAGAGAAUUGCUGCUGACAUACUUGGCAUCAAAUUAAACAAAGCAGAACUGGAACAAUCACAGAGGGUGGUGAAGGCAGACAUUGUCAACUACAGUCAGGAGCCUGUGACAAGAACCGUUAAUCCUCCCAGAAGCUCAAUGUGUGCAGUUCAAUGACCAUGCUGUUCUUCUCUGUUUUGAUUCCUUUGGUGGUCCUCCUACCUUGACACAGGCUCAGGGAUUACCAGGAACUUUGUUUUAACAGUGACCAUCGCAACAGUGCA